CCUGCUGCGCUUUAGAUAAGAACUUAGGAUUUCACCUUCGCGUCAUGAUGGAACUUGACCGAUAUUCCCUGCGCCUUGUCGCACUAUCGAACUAUUCCAGGACAUACAAUUCGAAAGUCCCAUUAUCACCAGUCGCAUCCUUACGACCAAUUCAGAACCAAGCUGAGCAUCGAUUACAAUUAUGGCGUCAAAGCAUGAUCUGACUAGGAAGAACAUCAUCGUUCUCGGCGGCUCCUAUGGCGGCAUCUCCAUCGCCCACUAUCUCUUGAAGCACGUCUUGCCAGCACUUCCCCAAAGGCAGGACCACAAGAUCAUAAUGGUCAGCGUAGCUUCGGAGGCAAUAUGCAGGCAAGCAUGUCCUCGCGCUCUUAUUUCGGACGAUCUUUUCCCACAGAAUAAGCUCUUCGUCAGCAUACCGAAACAGUUCGAGCAGUAUCCUCCAGGCGAAUUCGAAUUCAUCCACGGUUCUGCAACGGUUGUUGAUCACGGGGGGCGGACAGUCACCAUCGAGUCAUAUAGGAAUGGCAAGACGCAAGUACUCACAUUUCAUUCUAUCGUUGUCGCCACAGGCGCUUCUACACCUUCUCCACUACUUGGACUCAAUGUCUGCGAUGAGAAAAACCUGCGCGAGGCAUGGGAAACGUUUCGAAAAGGACUGGAGACUGCAAAGAGUAUUGUGAUUGCAGGGGGAGGACCGGCUGGAGUGGAGACCGCAGGCGAAUUGGGCGAAUAUCUCAACGGUCGUGCUGGCUUCUUCAGCUCGAGGCUGGAAAGCCCCAAAGUCUCAAUCACAGUCGUAACAUCGGCCAAGAACAUUCUGCCUUACCUAAGACCCUCAAUCGCAAAGGCUGCGGAAGACCACCUUGCCAAAGUGGGCGUUACUGUCAUCAAGAACAACAAAGUUGUCAGCGUGAACCCCGAAAACGUUGGAGCGUGUAGAGAAAGGAUCGCGUCUGGGGCCCUUCUCGAUCUUAGUGACGGUACAACUCUCCAAACCGACCUCUUCAUUCCCGCGACCGGCUUUAGCCCCAAUACCAAGUUCCUUGCCAAAAACAUCCUGGACCCCUCCACCAGCCAAGUAGACACCAACCCAUCCACUCUUCGCGUCGACAAAGCCGGCCCUAGAAUCUACGCCAUUGGCGAUGCGUCAAACUAUGCGCGACCUGCUGUGCAUAGCAUCAUGGCCGCAGUACCUGUCCUCGGCACGAACAUGCACCGCGAUCUCUUACUCGAUGCUGGCGUACCAGAGAAUCAAGUGCCUGCGGAGAAGCUAUACAAGGAAGAAAGGAGAGAAACGCAAUUAGUGCCCAUUGGGAGGUCGAAAGGUGUUGGAGCGGCAAUGGGAUGGCGCCUUCCCAGUUGGAUGGUGUGGCUUGUAAAGGGACGGGACUACUGGCUUUGGACAGUCGGGCCUGUGUGGAGUGGAAAACAAUGGGCAAAGGAAGCUUAGGUUAAUGUCACAGUGAGCAUGGAGUAUUCUCGAUUGGGCGCUAGAUUUCCAGGCUCAUUGCGUUUUGAGUCAAGUCAGGAUAUCCUGUAUGCUACUGUAUAUCUAGUUUAUG